AUGUCACAACCCUCUCGGGCUUUGUAUAUUUUUCUUAAAAUAACAGGCAUUCCAUUUGAAUCGAAAGAAAUUGCAUUACGAAAACUUGAACAGAUGACCGAUGAAUAUGCUCAAAUAAAUCCAUUUAAAAAAGUACCAGUUAUACAAGAUUCAGGAUUUAUUCUUACUGAAAGUGUGGCAAUUUUCAAUUAUCUUUGUGAUAAAUACAAAAUGCAUGAUUGGUAUCCAACAGAUUUAAAACAACGAGCACGUGUUAAUGAAUAUACUCAUUGGCACCAUUUAAAUUUACGUGCUACUGGAUCAAUGCUUUUUCGUGCAAAAGUUAUUACACCUCGUAUGACAAAUAAGCCACCAAAUGAACAUGAAUUAGAAAAAUGGUUUCAACGAUGGCAAGAAUCAAUAAAUGAUCUUGAAUGUGUAUGGUUAACUCGCUCAUCUUAUUUAGCUGGUGAUCAUUUAACAAUUGCUGAUUUACUUGGUAUUUGUGAACUAAUGCAACCGAUUGCUGCAGGUUAUGAUUUAGAUAAAGAAAAAUUUCCUCGUGUUCACAAUUGGAUGGAAAGAGUAAAAAAUGAAACACAACCUUUUUUUGAUCAAGCACAUGCUAUACCUAUGCGUAUGAGAAAUGCAAUGUUGGAAAAACAAAAAUCCCAACUUUAA